AUGGCCGUCGAGCUCGUCGAGAACCCCAAGGCGGCGAUCACGGCGUCCGACACCAAGACGCUGCACGUGACGAGCGAUGUGUUUGAGCAAAAGCACGGCUAUAGCUACGACUAUGUCUUUGUCUUCAAGGUCCACGACCAGGACGCGACCUUAUCGGCGGCCCAAACCACCCACUCGAUGCGCGUGAUCCUCCAGCGCCUCGCGUCCGCCGGCCUCGAGACCAAGCUCUUUUACUCGACCAAGCGCGACCUAGUGUUUUGCAAGAUCCGCGCGGCCCUCGAGCGGCUCUGCAAGGAGGCCGACCGCAUUGACCUCAAGCUGGAGUUUGACCCCAAGCACCUCAAGGCGUUGGCAGAAGCCGGCAACCCCAGCCACGGCAUUGCCCCCAUCAUCAUUGCCGAAGAGAGCCACCAGACAAAGCGCAGUCCGUACCAAAACAUCUUUGGCAAGUACGACAUGGACGAGCGGCUCCAGAAGGUCUACAAGCGCUAUGGCCCCAAGCGCAUUCCAUUUCGCGGCGUCGACCGCAUCAAGCUCAUUCGGAGCAUCAUUGACGCCAGCACGAAUGACGGCGGGUGCGGCCUCAACACGCAGCGGCUCGUGCUCGACAAGUGUGUCUGGACGGCGUACGCGCUGCACGACUUUGACGAGCGCGAGAAGCUCAACGCCAAGUGGAUCAACUGGACGACACGGCCGUCGCAACAACCCUUCCGUGAGAUCAAAGACUAUUACGGCGAAAAAGUCGGCCUCUACUUUGCCUGGCUCGGUACAACCUCGUUUUCAACUUGA